CAACGUAGAGAGCUUGUGAUUUCCAAGGGAGCCGUGAAAGCAGCACCAGUCCUCAGGAUCCUGGGUGUGUACAGUCAGGUCAGAGCCUGAGAGAAACAGCAGAAACAUCUCAACGUGAGUUCAGCUGCGCCUGUCAUCUGUCACCUCGGUUCUUUCUGCUUCUUCAACUCAAGGACCGGGAAUGGAAAACUCUCCAAGAUAGUUUCCGAAGAACAUAGGGGCGAAACUGUGCUAAAACUAAUAGGUUAGUUAGCUCACCAUUAGGCUCUCGCUGUCAUGUUAAUUAGUUAAGUCACUUGCUUCAUUGUAGGCUAACGAUUUGCUGCUAGCUGUGUUCAUUUCAGCCGUCGAUAAAGAGGUUGAGCCUGUUUUUGCAUCAUUUACUUCCAGAGAAGAAAACACAAAAAACAGUUGGCCGGCAGAGAUGCAGACUUUCCUGAAAGGCCGGAGAGUCGGCUACUGGCUCAGCGAGAAGAAGAUGAAGAAACUGAAUUUUCAGGCCUUUGCUGAUUUGUGCAGGAAAAGAGGCAUAGAUGUUGUUCAGCUGGAUUUAAGCCAACCUCUGGAGGACCAAGGUCCUUUAGAUGUCAUCAUCCACAAAUUGACUGACCUGAUCCUGGAAGCUGACCAGAAUGAUUCCCAGGCAGUGAUGCUGGUACAAAGAGUGCAGGAUUACAUCGAUGCCCACCCCGAGACUGUCGUUCUGGAUCCACUCCCAGCCAUCCGGACUUUGCUGGAUCGCUGCAAGUCUUACCAGCUGGUCCACAGAAUAGAGAGCCGCAUGCAAGAUGAGAGGAUUUGCUCUCCUCCUUUCAUGGUCCUGAACACGGAAUGCAGUCCAGAUGUGCUGGAGGACAUCAAGAAGCAAGGACUCACAUUCCCCUUCAUUUGCAAAACGAGGGUGGCGCAUGGCACCAACUCGCACGAGCGGAAAUCAAUAUCUCUGUCAUGCUUGCCUUCGUUCCAUCACACUGACGGCUCUGAAAUGGCCAUCAUCUUCAGCGAAGAGGACCUGAAGAACGUGACCCCUCCGUGUGUAAUCCAGAGCUUCAUCAACCACAACGCGGUGCUCUACAAGGUCUUCGUGGUGGGAGACUCCUACACCGUGGUGGAGAGACCCUCCCUGAAAAACUUUCCUGCUGGACCUGCAGACAGGAAAGCCAUCUUUUUCAACAGUCACAAUGUCUCCAAACCAGAGUCGUCGUCAGACUUGACCUCGAGAGCAAACGUGGAAGGAGUGUCUCAGCCACCUUGUGAUGAUGUCAUCAGAGAGCUGACCAGGUCGCUGCGGCAGGCGCUGGGCGUGUCCCUGUUUGGCAUUGAUGUAAUCAUCAACAACCAAACGGGCCAGCACGCCGUCAUUGACAUCAAUGCAUUCCCUGGUUAUGAAGGCGUUCCAGAGUUCUUCAAUGACCUGCUGAACCACAUAAGCAGCGUGCUGCAGAGCCACAGCCCUGACUUUGUUCCCGCCAGCGAUCAGUCCAAAGGCCUCCCCGUCAGCACCACUGUCCCCAGCAGCACCCCGCCGGCCUCGGGCUGCUGCAGCAGCAUGCGGGGGAAGGACAUGCAGAGACUAGGCUGCAACUCGGCCAUGUCCCCCAACUUUCAGCAGCACUGUGUCUCCACUAUAGCUACCAAGGCUUCCUCCCAGUGACAGAGUCCAUGUCCCACUGUGUUUGAUCCCUGAAAAGAAAAGCAAAUCACAAAGAUAAUAAUAAUAAUAAAUAAUAAUAAUCAAAGUAAUUAUGAUGUUAAUAUAUCUAAUCAAAAAUCUUUUUCCUAUAUAGUUACUGAAAUAAUUGGUGAUUGGGUGUAAGCUUUUUGUCUUUCUGCCUUUUUGUAUGUUUUGUCUAAUAAGACUUAAAGAGUACUGUAAUGUGAACCGUUGGGAACUUUUACCUAAUUUUGCUUCUUUUCUCUCCUGUGAGGUUCUCUGUAAUGAAAGGGUCCAGAUGGGGGUAGCUAAUGAAAACGGCCUAAUCCAUACUGGAGAAUUAUGUGCCACCAUAUGUGCAAUGUCUAAGCCUCCCCGCUCCCAGGUUCACACGCGACAAAAAGAAAAAGAAAUGCCAUGCCAGUUACUUGUGUGUAUUUGUGGUCACUGAUGAGGGCACAGUUGGGCAUUACUCCACACAUCCAAGGCUGCUUGACUGGCAGAGGACAUGAAUGUUAGAAUAGUUUUUAGUCGGAGCAAACGUGCAGUUUAUCAUUCUGAGUGCCAUCGAUCUCACGGUAAAGAUUCAUAGAAAGCAGGUAAGAAAACUUCCUCAUCAGCGCUAAAACCUUUGAUUUUUAAUACAUUUGUGUCCUCCUCAUUUAUGCAGUUUAAUAUGUCCAACUUUUAUGAGUCACUCCAGUGAAGAAAAGGAUCACAUUCCUGCUUUGGUGUGUUUGUGAAUGUUUUCAGAGAAAUUCCAUCAUUACAAUUCCAGUAUAUUGUGAGCUUUCCUCACAUCCCAGCACAAACUUCCAAGAAACCGUAGAGCUGCCGUGAGGCUAUUCAGCUAAAAUCUGUGCUGUCAUUUACCCUGAAGUUUAGUUUUCUCUGCUUUUGUGGGAAUAUUUGCAACACUUGACAUAAGAAUCCAGUCGAUCUGAUAUUUGGUCAGUUUUCUCAUCCAGCUGCUGUAUUUUAUUUUAUUUUUUUCACAAGUCAAAGACUGUUGUUCCCACUCUUUACUGUGUGAUUAUUUCUUUUUUUCUUAAAUAUUUACUAAGAGCGCAUUUAUUUUAUAGAAAUAAAAGAGCAAAUGUUUUAUAUGAACGAUGUGAAAGCAGUAAAGCUUUUGAACAAAUUUAAGAAAUUAAAAAAAUGUUGGAUCUGCUGAUGCAGAUGGUCUUAAAGGGACGGAUGAUCUUACGGUUGUAACUAGUGGGAACCAGUGCCAAGCUGCUGCACGUUUCAAACGAUUGCUUUUGUGUGAACCUGCUUUCUUUUUCUGCUGAACACUUCUGAUCCAUAUCUAAGGGAAUUGAUUACACUUUGGUUUUAAAUCACUGCAAACACAUCACCAGCAAAAUCUCUUAAGGAAUAAAUUGCAGCUUUGAUUUUGCUUUUUCACUUGUUGCAUAUGGGAUUUUAUUUUUUGAAACAUCUGAGAAAGCCACAUUAGCUUCAGAGGAAUCUGUUUCUCUACCUGGCAGUGUUUCCCGUGUAGAAGUUGGACAGAGAAUUCCUGUGCACACCACUGAACUGUACCAUUCCUUGUUCCUUACUGUACUUAAAAUAGGGAAUUAACGGUUCUUCCUAUCAGUGGUUUUCCUGAUAUCCAUCCAGCCUCCAUGUUUACUUCUUGGGUGUCUUGUACAAAACUUGUGCACCUGGACUUACAUCCAUGCACUACUUUUUUGUAUCGGUUCUGUAAUCAAAAAUCCACAUUUGUGACUUCUUUAUUUUUUUUUUAAUCAAAGGGCCAAUUACACAGGCAAAAAUAAACAUGUGAAAAACCUU